ACGGCUUCCAUCGUCACUUGUUUGCUUCUUCUCCGCACUCCACCCUUUAUUUUGUGACCUGACGCCAACUUACAUAGUUCAUAGCUCAACAACAAGCCCUCUCACAUUUCCACCUGCACGGCCACCGGGAGCUUUGAGCUAUCGAUUACGAACACCUGCACCCCAUUGUUUGCGCGUACCGACCGUGGCUUUCUUUAUCCGUCGACUAUCCAACCACACUUACCUCGUUUCACCUUUCCGAGAUAGACAAUCAUAAUGGCAGGAGACGAUACCAAGCCCGCUGCUGGGAACACAUCCCCUGUCGCGAGGGAGAAGCUUGAUGCCCAGAUCAAGAGCGCCGACAUGUCCGAAGAAUUACAACAGGAGGUCAUUGAAGUCGCCCAGGAGGCCAUGGCCAAGUACUCCGUUGAGAAGGAUAUCGCUCAGCACAUCAAGAGAACAUUUGAUGAAAGAAAGGGACCUACCUGGCACUGCAUCGUAGGCCGCCACUUUGGCAGCUUCGUGACCCACGAAACCAAGCACUUCAUCUACUUCUACCUCGGUCACUGCGCCAUCCUCCUCUUCAAGACCCAGUAGGGGCGCGGCCUCCUCCAUUUUCUCUCCAAGCUGUGAUUUUUCUCAAAAGGGGUGCUCGUCAUCGCCAUUAUCAUUUAUAACAUUCUCAACCCCUAUGCAAGAUACAAGACGAGAAUCACACACAGCAAAGUCACCAACCGGCCAGCACGACAAAGGAAAGGCGCGAGGAAAAAUAAUCAUGUCAAUUUUUGUGCGUUAUUUUUACCGUAAACCAAAGAGAGGAAAAAGACUUGAGAUAAAUUCGGAGGAGGCAUUGUCAACAUCAGCGAUGACAUUACACUUUUUGGGGCAAGGGGACGUGGGGGGAAGUGUAGAAUGUAAGGAGGAGGGGGAAGAGAGAAAUAACAAAGCAAUGUGGUAAAUUUGUACCAGGUACCGUACCGUAUGAGGGAGUAGUUUUGAGUUGAGGAGUUUGAAGUUUUUAAUGAAUGAUAGGUGGUUUUUUCUUUUGUGCAAAUGAGUGGAUUGGCAGGAGGGUGACUUCACUUGACUGGAGAGGUUAUGCAUCAUCGUGGCACUUUAAGUUGUGGUUAGGGGAGCACAGCAAC